GGCGCAGUCCCGCCUCUCACUCCCCGGAGAGGCCGCCCGACGCCUGGCCGCGUUGACUCGUUGGGGCUCGGCAGGCAGAAGGGGCAGAGCUCCGCGCUUCCAGGUCCUGCUCCUUCACGCGUCCGCGUCGAUUCACACGACCUCUCCCUCCCUGCCUGCCUUUCCUUUCCGCGCCAGGAGCUGACCCAGAGCGCGCGGGGCUGGAGCGCAGCCGCCCUGCCGGGGGGGCCAAGCCAGACAGCGGUAGGUGCUGCGCAGGUAAAAUAAAGAGGCUUGACAACUAAGCCAGAAGGUGGAUUAUUUCUAAAAGAAACCAUGCGUCCACAUCUGUAGAAAUGGUUUGCGGCUCAGUCAAGCUGGAGCUAACCAAAUGAAGCUAUGGGCUGUGCAUCAGCCAAGCAUGUUUCUGCUGUUCAAAAUGAAGAGGAAGCUCAGAAGGGGAAAAACUACCAGAACGGAGAUGUAUUUGGUGAUGAGUAUAGGAUCAAACCUGUGGAAGAGGUCAAAUACAUGAAGAACGGGGGAGAAGAUGAUCAGAAAAUAGCUGCCAGAAAUCAGGAAAACUUGGAAAAAAGUGCCAGUUCACACGUAAGGCUUAAGCCUAAUAAAGAGCUUCCAGGAUUAGUACAUCAACCUAGGGCAAACAUGCACAUCUCUGAAAGCCAACAGGAAUUUUUCAGAAUGCUGGAUGAGAAAAUCGAAAAGGGUCGCGAUUACUGUUCAGAAGAAGAGGAUAUCACAUAGUGCCAAUUCUGCCGAUCAGAACAGGAUGCUACUGCUGUGUAUAUAGAUUACAGUCCAGUCAAGAUCUUUUUUGGAAGUCUUCUCAAGUGAACAGCACUACAUAACAAACAAACAAAAUCAUUUCCACAUUGUAUGCUCCAUUCAGUUACAGUGUUUCUUAAUGACCAUACAAUGAACAUUGAUAAAGGAAAAGAACACCUUGUAUGGAACUGCCUUUGCUGCUGCUAGUUGGAAUUUGUUGCAGAUUUCCCAGGUUCCUCUGGUCCCAGAAACACAGCAAACCUUUGACGUACAAUCUAAGAGAGACACUGUAGAUUUCUCUUCGGCUGUCAGCCUGUUUUCUAUUGGCCACAGUAGUGGUUAACACGGAUCCUUCCAUAACUGAGCAACUCAACCUUCCAAUUCACCCUGUUCGUCACCCCCACCGGCGGGGCUGUGGAGUCCUUGUUAUUACUGACACUAUAGAGCUUUGGAGAUGGGAUGCUUUUGCCAUGACAGACGUCGUUUCUGUGCUAGGAAGAAGUUAUCAGUUAAAGCAUGUUGUCACACAAAUACUGGAUAUGGUGUUGCAGGAGCAGAAAUCUGUAUUUUUUGAAGAAAAAAAUGGUUUCUUUUACUAGAUAUUUCAGUCAAGGAAUAAGCUUGCAGUAUUUGCUUUGCUGAACGCAUUUGGAAGUUGUGAUAGCAAUCAGUUUGAAUCCCUCAGUUUUUUUUUUCUAAGAAAUAAACAUUUUACUGUUUUUAGGUAUUCUUGUCUGAAACCCAUUCAUGCAGUCCAGUGUUUUAAGGAAAAUUGGGUAACAAAAGGGGAGGAAAACCAAAGCACCCUUUUGGAAUUAUAAUUGGGAGAGGAUGUUAUUUUAAAGCCCCUGUGUGCCAAUUGGGGAUGUCUGUAGAGUUUAUUUUUCCAUAUUAUAAUAAGAUGAUACUCUCUCUUCUCAAAGGCAGAUGUAAUAUUUUUAACAAAUAUUGUCAUGAGUAAAACAAUCCUAAGGUUUAAAAGAA